AUGCUAGAGGAUCCGAUUGCAACAGAGGAAGCCUUUAGUCUAAUUGAGCUGUUAACAAAUAUCAGGCCCAUUGCCGAGGUGAAAGACAAGCUGUUAUGGUGGUCGAAUCAAGACGGAGUUUUUAAUGUGAAAAGUUGUUACAAUCUAUUUCGUGACCGUGAUUUGGAAGAUGUGGUGGAAACUCAAACAAAGUUAGCGCUCAAAAGGAUUUGGAAGACUAACAUUCCAUCAAGAUUGAAGGUUUUCGGUUGGAAGGUGGCGCUCAAUAGGUUACCUACAAAAGAUCAAUUGGUGAAAAGAGGGAUAAUUCGAAAUGAACAAGAACUUUGUGUAUUCUGUGAUGAGAAGGCAGAAGACCUUGAUCAUCUUUUGUUCAAAUGCAAGAUAAGUCAAAAGGUGUGGGGCAACAUCUAUGUUUGGUUGGAUAUCAAAGACAUGAAGGAUUUUGUUGGUGUGCAUCACUUGAGGAAUUUCACUCAAGCCUUACAGGGGAAGAUAAAGAAGAAGAAAUUAUGCUUAGUUUGGUUAGCUACUGUGUGGACGAUAUGGACAUGGAGAAACAAGAUCAUAUUCAAGGGCGAUCGGUUGGUGCUUGACGAUUUAAUAAUGAACAUCACAGUGAUGGCUUGGUCAUGGCAUAGCAUUGGCAAUAGAGGAGCAUGUUGUACCACUUUGUAUUUUUGGUUACAUUCACCUCUUGAUUUUCUAAUCUUUGACUAA